AUGUCGCUGCUGGUGGCCCACCUCCUGAUCGGGAUCCCCGAGAAGCCCUUCACCGUGGGUCCCGUAUUCCGCUGCCUGUGCUACAUACUCCAAAAGGGCGGCAACGCCAUCCAGGUCUCCUGCUGCGUUCAGAAUCUCUACUCCCGCCGAGGCCUCGUGAAGUGGCAGAUCAUGGUGGUGGACGGGGUGGUGGGUCGAGCGGCGACGCUGCCGCCCUACAUGGGCACCAUGCAGAAGGACGACCUCAUGCGCGACUACCUCCACUCGCGUAUCUCGCACUACAUCCACCUCCUGGACGCCUCCACGUCGCGAUCUUCGGUGCGGGCGACCAUCGAGCAGCAGGAGCCGCAGCACCACCACCGGCCCGACGUCUACCCCACCCACUUGCUCUGGGAAUGA